AUGUACAGCUUCUGGAGUUGGUCGGCAGUGUAUUUGGUUCUGGUCAUAAUCCAGCAGUGCUUGGCCAUUAAUCAUGUGCCCGAAGAUGAGUGGGAAAAAUUUAAGACUGAUUUCGGCAAAACCUAUCCCAGCAAUGGCAUUUCCGAGGCCUUGGCCCAAUACUACUAUGCCUACAACAAGCGCCUGAUCGACAAUCACAAUGCCCAAUUUAAUCGUGGCCAAAAGACUUUCGAACUUAAAGUAAAUCAAUUUACCGACAUGCGUUUGAUACACUUCAAUGCCUUGUUUCCCAAGGCCAUAGCGCAGGCCAAGCCCAAUGCCUGGCCGGGUCCUGAGACUCUGGAGGCCACCACUGUGUAUAAUCCCUCCGAACAUUUUGGUUACGUCUUCAAUGUGGAGGAUCAAGGCACCAAAUGCAACAGCGGAUGGGCUUAUGCUGCCGCCAAGGCUGUGGAACUUAUGCAAGCCCAACAAACUGGCGAUCUUGCCCCAGAGACUUUGUCUGCGCAAAAUCUCAUUGACUGUGCCGGUGGAGCCAGGGCCUGUAAAAAUCAAGUUCCUCAAGUUGCCCUCGAAUAUUUGACAGUGCACGAAAUGGAUUUGUAUCCUGAAAGCGAAUACAUGAACAACAAUUCCCUCAAUGAGCCCGGUAUGUGUGUGCCCCAAGGCACCAUGCCCACAAAUUUGGCUGAGUUCUCUGUCAUCCCAGACGGCGAUGAUGAUGAGCUGAAACGUUAUGUGUCCUCAGGAUUCCCUGUCAUUGUGGAAGUGAAUCCAGCCUCAUUUGAAUUCAUGCAUUACUUCAGAGGCGUCUAUCAACCAUCAACCACUAGUCACAGAAACCACAAGUCCACUAAGGGCUCACAUUUCAUGGUGGUCAUUGGCUAUGACAAGGAUGAAAAAACCAACGAGGAAUAUUGGAUUUUACAAAACUCCUUUGGCCUCGACUGGGGCGAAAGGGGUUUAAUGCGCAUGCUGAGAUCACCAACCCAACCCAUAACAAAGAAUGCCAUAUUCCCAUCGAAGCUGGGGCCACUUUUGGGAAAGUAG